AUGAAGGAUUUGAGUUUUUGUCAUGUUCUCUCAAAACAAGAGUCUCGCUUUGAAGGAUUAACUCGAUGCAUGUCAAUUGAUGGAGUUUCAUAUGUUGUAUUAAAGGAAUUUGGGAACACUCAUAUUCAUUCUCUUUUAUUUUUUAAUCUUGAUGAAUUUCCAAAGUCCUUUAUGAGUACUUUUGUUGCUAACUUCAAGCUUUUGAAAGUCAUGGAUUUUGAAGAUGCUUUGUUGGAUUGCAUUCCUGAAGAUGUUGGAAGUUUAUUUCAUUUAAGGUAUUUAAGUUUAAGAAAUACCAAAGUUAAAAUUCUUCCAAAAUCCAUAGGAAAGUUGCAAAAUCUGGAGACUCUAGAUCUAAAGCAGUCCCUAGUUUCUGAUAUACCAAUUGAGAUCAACAACCUUCGUAAGCUACGAUAUUUUGUAGCUUUCAAUCUUGAUUUUGAAAAAGAAACUAGUUUGACUUUGGGAAAAGGGGUAAAGAUACAAAAGGGAGUUGGGUGUUUAAAGAACUUGCAAAAGUUGUAUUAUGUGGAGUUGAAUCAUGGAGGGGUUGAUCUUACUAAAGAGUUGGGAAAGUUAAGACAAUUGAGGAAGCUAGGCGUGAAAAACCUGUCAAAGGAAACCAUGACGGCUUUGUGUGCCUCUAUUGAAAAUAUGAACCACCUUCAAUCUCUUGAUGUAACCUUAAUUAGCAAAGAUGAGAUAGUUGAUUUAAAAUUCAUUUCAUCCCCACCUCAAUUUCUUCAAAACCUGCAUAUAAAGGGGCGAUUAGAGAAGUUACCAGAAUGGAUUUCAGAACUUCAACAUCUGGUCAAACUAAAGAUUUUAUGGUCCAGGUUAAAUGAUGACCCAUUGAAAGUCCUUCAAAAUCUACAAAACUUACGAGAGCUUAUGAUCUCACGCCAAGCAUACAACGGAGAACAUUUGCAUUUUAAGCCUGAAGGGUUUCCAAAACUCAAGUGGCUAUGGAUUAGACACUUAAAUGCAUUGCAUACGCUAUUGAUAGAUGAAGGAACAUUGCCUGUUCUUGAAUUUUUUUCCAUUGGUCAUUUUUCUCUUCCGGAAGCUUCGUACAAGAUAUUAUGGCCAUGA